AUGGCAGACCGUCAGUCUACUGAGCAUGAUGAGCAUGUUGAGCAUGUGAGAGAGGCUAUUAGAGAUCCUGCUCCUAUAGAGUUCUACGAUCAAGAGCCCUCUGCCAGCUAUUGCCGAGGCCACAUUGGAAUUCCUUGCAUUCUAGAGUAUAGCAAGAAUGGCUGGUUUCAGAUUUGCGAAUUUACCCAUCACACUUGUAAUCUUAACUGCUCCGUCAACAACUGUUCCUCAAACUGCUACCCCGUCAGAUUCUGCGCAAAAAGCUGGAGUAAGGCUUACAGACCAAUGGUAGAUCAUUGCGCUGACACGAUAUACGACGAACGUCAUCAUGGUUGGUCGAGCUGUAAUGCAACAAAAUGCAAUCUGACAAGCGCCCAACAAACAUUUGGCACAAACCAUACUUGCCAUUAUGAGGGUGAUCAGUGUAGUCUAACAUGUAGUGGGAUAAAUUGCACACAAACUUGCAAGGAAAAAAGCAUCGAAAACGUUGCAGUACCAGUAGUAAGAUCGUCACCUUCACUGUCACCUGCAUCUGUGACGGCAAGGCCAUCCAAGAUAAGGUCACAGCCGUUGACAUCGCCUUUGACGUGGCUGGCACUGUCCCUCUCGAGGUCUUCAUUGCCAUCGCCAUCAUCGAUACCACCACCCUCCUCUUCGUCGCCUUCCAAUGCAAUUCAGAAGCUGGCAAAUGACUAUGUCUUCAAACUUGAGGGACUUGAUAGCAGCAGAAACACUUCUUUGCAGGAGGCUGUUAACGUGUUUGAAAGCUUCGUCGUCCGUUUUGAAAACAUGACAAAACCUCUUGAAGGUCUUUUCACCAGAAUGGAGGUUCAGACAGGAAGAGAAUCCCUCUUUAAGGUGGCCAUCGCUUUCGAGGAAUUUGCUCUAAAUUAUAGCAAGCAACAUCUGAAAGGACUAACGCUUUCUGAAGAAAUCGUUAGCCAUAAAAUGGUGGUGAGAAUUCAAAAGGCUUACCGCCACAAUGCAAGUCAUUUAUACCUCAAGGAACACGAAUGGAAAUUAAGCAUCAACAUUUCCUCUUCAAAUUUUGAAGAUAAUGGAUCAGUGGUUGUUGGGUGUUUUUACAAAAAUCUCCAUGAAAUACUGCCGAACAAUCGACCCCACAAGGAUAGUACAGGCAACACAAGAUAUGUGGGCACCAGAAUAACGAUGGCAGCCAUGGAUCCUACACCCGAAAAAUUGUUGGAAAAUGUAUUCUUAAAGUUCAGAAACGUGGAGGUAAAAGCAAGAUUAGUUAAAAUACGUUCUCUCCACAAAACUAAACGCGGUAAUUAA